ACUUCCGGUGAACAGUGUCAUCUGUGCCUAAGAACCUGACGGAGUUCGUCUGCUUUAAAGCCAGGCUAGAUGGAUUCCAGUGAGGAGGGGGGCCUCAGUGUCGGGGGGGAGGAGAACUACUUCCAGGGCUACACCUUCACCGACCGCUCCCACUCUAGCCGGGUGGUGAAGAGCAUAAUGGAUUUGUGCCUGGGAGACGGACUCUUUGCCGACGUCACCAUUACGGCGGACGGCAAAGAGUUCCACCUCCAUCGACUAGUGCUGUCGGCGCAGAGCAGCUUCUUUCGCUCCAUGUUUACCUCCAACCUCAAAGAGUCCUAUAAUCGCUGUAUUGAACUGAAGGAUGUCAGCGCUUCUGUCUUCCAGCUGCUGGUUGACUACAUGUACCACGGCACUAUUAAAUUGCGGGUGGAGGACCUGCAGGACACGUAUGAGAUGGCAGACAUGUACCAAUUAACCGCUCUCUUUGAGGAAUGCUCUCGCUUUCUUUCACGGACCGUUGAGAUUAAGAAUUGUCUACAGGUCAUGUGGCUCGCAGACAGACACAGUGACCAGGAGUUGUACACGUCUGCCAAACAUUGUGCUAAAAUCCACUUGGCCCAACUUCAUCUCACUGAGGAAUUCCACAAUCUUCCACUUUGCCUGCUCUUGGACAUUAUCAAAGAUGGAGUUCCAACUUCCCAGAAUCCAACUAUGGCCAUUAAGUCGUGGAUUAAUCACAAUAAGGUGGAGAGAGAAGAGUUUGCUUGUGUUCUCCAAGAUAAUCUAAAGGAAAUCGGUGAGAGCGUCCACAUUUAUCUGAUUGGUAAAGUGGACACAAGGACACACUCACUAGCAGUUUCGCUUCACUGCGACGAGGAUGACGCCAUCACCGUUUGCGGUCAGAACAGUCUUUGCCACCAGAUCACCGCCGCUUGCAAGCACGGUGGCGACCUCUAUGUGGUGGGCGGCUCCAUCCCGCGUCGCAUGUGGAAGUGCAACAUGCGCACCAUGGACUGGGAGCGAUGCGCGCCACUGCCGCGGGACCGCCUCCACCACACCAUGGUGUCUGUCACGAGCGAGGAUGCCAUUUACUCUCUGGGCGGCAAGACGCUGAAGGACUCUCUCUCAAAUGCCGUGAUCUUCUACACAGUGAAGGACAACAUGUGGACGGAGACUAGCCAGCUGGACACGGCGGUUUCAGGAGCUGCGGGCGUCAACUUGGGAGGGACCAUCUACCUGCUCGGCGGCGAAGAGAACGACAUGGACUUUUUCACCAAGCCCUCGCGGCUCAUUCAAUGCUUCGACACGGCGUCCCAGAACUGCCAGGUGAAACCGUACGUGCUGCCAUUUGCCGGACGAAUGCACGCCACGGUCCACAUGGACGUCAUUUUCAUUGUGGCGGAAGGCGACUCGCUGGUUUGCUACAAUCCUUUGCUAGAGAGCUUCACCCGCUUACGCUUCCCCGAAGCGUGGAGCUGCGUUCCCUCACUGUGGAAAGUGGCCAGCUGUAACGGCUGCAUCUAUGUUUUUCGGGACAAAUGUAAGAAAGGCGACGCCAACACGUUAAAGUUCAAUCCGGCGACAUCGGUCGUCUCUGUUAUCACAGGUCUAAAGAUCCUCCUCACGAACUGGCAAUUUGUCUUGGGCUAACCCCGUCUUCUUUCUUGCUCUGACUGAAAUCAAUGUACAUAGACUGCGCAGGUGAAACUUUUGAGGCACACCUCUUCAUUCAGUUCAUCAAUUAUGGGCAUUUUGGACAAUUGUAUGUAGACAACUGCAGGGGAGAAUGGAGAGACACAGAAGACUGAUGGAUGAGACCUGGGUUUGAAAGAAUUUCUGCCCAGUACCAUUGUUAUUAAUAGGGUUGUUCCGAUCAUUUUUUUGCUCCCAAUCCAAUCCCGAUCGUUUUAGUUUGAGUAUCUGCCGAUCCCGAUAUUUCCCGAUCCGAUUGCUUUUUUUUUUUGCUCCCAAUUUAAUUCCAAUCAUUCCUGAUAUUUUUUCCCAAUCAUAUACAUUUUGGCAAUGCAUUAAGAAAAAAAAUUAAUAAAACUCGGACGAAUAUAUACAUUCAAUAUACAGUACAUAAGUACUGUAUUUGUUCAUUAUGACAAUAAAUCCUCAAGAUGGCAUUUACAUUAUUAACAUUCUUUCUGUGAGAGGGAUCCACGGAUAGAAAGACUUGUAAUUCUUAAAGGAUAAAUGUGACUUUGUAUAUUGUGACUAAAUAUUGCCAUCUAGUGUAUUUGUUGAGCUUUAACGAAAUGAUACUGUAGCCAUUUAACUGUUCUGCCCAAAUGCAUGAUGGGAAGUGCAACCAUGACUGCGCGUAGUGGCACCAAUUGAUAUAUCUUCUCUGCAUUGGGAAAUAACAUAGGUUGUUAAGAAAAAGAUCAACUACUACCUUUCUUCCCCUCAUUGCUUCCCACGAUAUUUCUAAUUGUUGAGAGAGGGAUUUUAGGCCUUUAGCCAACUAAAAAAAGGCACCAAAGACUGCCAAAAUUCACUCGACUCAUUUUACGCUGCCUUUUAGCUCUAUAUAUAGGUAAAACGGCGCCAUUAUAGAUUGAACGCGACAAUGCGUGAGUGGGUCGUGCAGCGUAUGCGUUAAUUGCGUUAAAUAUUUUAACGUCAUUAAUUUUUUAAAAAUUACCGGCAUUAACGCAAUAAAUUUGAUAGCCCUACUUUAAGCCAAAACUAAAGACACUGGAUGAGUGUAAGACAUUUUGACUGUAACGUUAAAUACAAUUAGAAAACGAUUUAACGAUUUAAUUAAAAACUGUAAUGCAACUUGUAAUGCUAUAGUGCUGUGAAAAAGUAUUUGCAUCCUUCUUAAUUUCUAUGUUUUUGCAUAUUUGUCACACACAAAGGUUGCAGUUGUAAUAUUACACAGGGAAACAACCAAUGGAAACAUAAGGAUUGCUGCCAGCCAGUAUUGUUUUCGUCAGUAUUCACGUUAGCAUUAGCUUAAUGCUAAUGGCGAGCGUCCUAUUACGUAAACUCUUGGACAACUUUUUUUUUAAUUUUUUUU